CAGAAAGGCUACGAUUGGGUCACCUUCCUCCGUUCCUUGGUCCAGAGCAACACCGCCUAUGAACUCGGCCCUGCAUGGCAAGGUCAAGGAAACCGUUCCGGGACUGCCGCACUAUGCGAAGGGCAGGUUCCUCCAGACACGUACCAGCUGGCCCGUCAACGUCAUCGACGCCGGAAUGGGUGGCCAGGGAACGCUGAUCGACAGCGCGGACGGCGGCAAGUCGCUUAUCGGUCAGCGAUGGGGCGACACCAACACUCACGCCUCCGCCGUGCACUGGGCAAGCCGCUGCGCCCCGAUGGUUCAGAUUCUGUCGAUGGCGUGGUCGCGUGGACACCCCGACCCCAUCCAAAAGAUGCUGCAGCAACAUCGCCAAACGACACCCUGCGCCGAGCAGUUCGCUGCGGAAAUUACGAAGUUUCUGCCGCAGUGGCGUGAAGUCCAGGAGCGGGCCGCCUUCCUGGAGGCCUGCAAGGAACUCACGCAGCCUGGCGCCUUCAGGGCUCUUGCCGCUCAUUUUGGGACGCGUGAGGAACGCGAUGCGGCCAUCUUCGCAUGCGGGAACCCGGCCGUGACCAGGAAAUACAGGGAGAGCCUGGCCAGUUCCCCGGCCUUCGACCCUGUGUCCCCGGCGGAAUAUCAGGAAAGAUUCGUCGAUUUCACCGACGAGGAGCUGGAGAUCAGCUGCAAAAAAGUGGCAGAAGAUAUCAACAACUACUGUUGACGAUCACAUCAGUCAUUAGUAAUGAUAAGUAGUUACCAAUUACUUAUCGUUACUUAUCUUACUACCGUCCUCCUGUUUGUUCCACUGGCUUCUGGAUGGUACCGAUAUUUAUAUACAGGAG